CACACACACACACACACUGCUUUGCUUCAACGAAUCUGCAUUCACAACCUCAUUGAGAAAUGUGUGUUUUUUUAGAUGCUUCAGUUCCUACUGCUCUUAUGCACAGUCUGUGUUUAGUCUCUGGUAGUUCUUGAGUAUGGCAUGAAUUCGUCUGCGAUUAACAGUGGUUUAGUGUUAUAUUGAGUGCAGGAAAUGUCAUCUAUUAGUUAGUCAUUACUGUGUUGUCACGGUGCAGACUGGGCUGUGUUUUAAGUUCAGGUUUCCCAGGCUGUGAUGGUAAAAGAAAGGCAGCCUUUAACUCCCAGAGUCUGUCUGCACCACACACACACACUGCUGCUUUGUUCUCCAACACAGCCUGCUAUACAUACACAUACCAGACCCCAGAGGAAUACCACUGGAUUUUACCUCUCAGAAUAGAGUUAACUUCUCAGUUAAUCAGAGAAUUGAUUUCAUAGCAUUUUGCAUUUUUUUUAUUUUUUAUUUAUGAGGUAUGACUGGUAGCAGAAAAACCAGCAUGUCCUGACUGCUUAAGUGUUAUCACACAAGAUCCUUGGUGUCUUUUAAAUGCUAACUAGGCUUUGUGCCAAGCAAAGUAGUUUUUUUGUAAUUGAAAGAAGUUGUGAGAGUGGUUUCCUGCAGGGAGGCUUUGGAGUCAUGUAUGUGAAACAGUAGUAAAGUGUUGAGUAACAAAAAGAAUGAAAAACAAAAGCAGGUUUUUGUUUUCCAUGUCAGCAGGCAGCCGGGGCUCCAUUUGGGGAGUUUUUAUUAACUUUCUGAGAACGAAAAAAAUGUAAAUUGUGGUAAAGAAGUGUUGAGUUUCUGUCCCAGCUGUUCCUAUGAUGUCAUGGGGAGGUGUUAGAGUUUCUGGGUGAUUUAAGGCCUCCCCUGGGGUGCAGCUGGGCGGGGCCACUGUGAUGUAAACACAGAUAAAAGGUGCCUCCCUGCUGGUUGGGGUCUCAGUCUGGAGAAACUGGUUUAAACUUUCACUACAACACGUGUUGGGAUUUACUGCUGACACGGAGCUGCUUUAAACACACUACUGGAUUUUAAACUUCACUACCUCUCUUUUCCCUCUUCUUCUUCUCCAGAUUCUGCAAGCAAACAUGUUGCAAAGCUUUUCUCAGUCGCAGGACUGGCUGUACUCAGAGCCGCUGCUGUUUGACGACGAGUUCUGCCAGAGUUUGAUGAAGGACCUCCAGUUGCUGCCGACACCCCCCCAGUCUCCACCGAUGAAGACGGGGCUGGGCAGCGGUAAGCCCCUGUCCAAGGAGGACCAGCUGAGCUACGUGUCGGACAUCCUGCUGGAGGACCACGACAUGCAGCUCAACUGGAACUGCGACUUCUUCCACUCGGAUGCUGCCGAGAAGGAGGGCGAGUCCAGCCAGCCCUGCUCGCCGCUGGAGGAGAGCGGCGAGGACUGCCUGUGGCGGUGCCUGGCCGGAGGGGACAAGAGCCUGGAGGAGAAGCUGGUGUCCACGAUGCUCGGCUCCAGCCCGCUGCUGUCCGACAUCAACACCAGCAUCUUCGAGGAGAUCGCCGGCUCCACGCUGGACUGCCAGAACCUGAUGGAAACACAGGAGCCCAGCGAGGCCACGUCGGACUACGGGUCCACCGGUGGCGAGCUGUCCACAUAUUCUUCCAGUGACUCCGAGGAGGAGAUCGACGUGGUGACCGUGGUGCGCUGUUCCUCCAGCCCCUCCCCUCGGCCCUCAUUGGCCGAUCUGUCUGCCCGUCAGCAGAAGCAGGAAGAGGAGCAGCGAGCCCGCCAACGCCACCACUUUGAGAUCCAGCUGCAACACAACUAUGCCGCGCCGUGUCCCAGCUCGCCGCCACCUUCUUCUUCUUCCUCCUCCAACAAGCGCUCUCGAGGGAGCGACAGCUCGUCGCGCCACCACCACUCUUCUCGCAGUUCUUCGUCAUCAUCCUCAUCAUCGUCCUCGUCGCGGUACCACCACCACCACCAACAACACAACUCGUCGCGGAACUCGACGGAGACGGAGGACGAGGAGGAGCGGCGGCGGACUCACAACGUGAUGGAGCGGCAGCGGCGCAACGAGCUUAAGAACUGCUUCGUGCACCUGCGCGACAACGUGCCCGAGCUGUCGCACAACGACAAGGCGUCCAAGGUGGUGAUCCUGAAGAAGGCGCGAGACUGCAUCUACAGCUUGGAGGACGAGAGCCACAGACUUCAGUCCAAGAGGGACAAACUCAGAGCCAAACAGGAAGAGCUGAAAGCGAGGCUGGAACGGCUCCGCAGCUAAUGGACCCGGGGCGAACCAUGUUUAGAGACAAUACGGGGGGUGGGGGGGCAAGAUAAGGGAAGAGACUUUGUACAAAGACAGAGGGUUGGGCGGGGUUAUAGGAUGGCGUGUCAUGCUGAAAAGUGCGCACAAAGUUUGACAUUUCAAAGACUUUCUGGUAACCUAGUUUUGGACUGUAUAGACUCACUCGCUGCCAUGGACGAACACACUCAUUGCCUCAGAACUGAUCAUUCUCAUGCCUUGACUGCUGACUGUUGUAGGAUGUUUUUUAAAGUUGAAACGAGAACGGAGCUAGUUGAUUAUAUUUUUUUAUUUUUAUUUUUUUUUAGCUUGGCUGAACGCACACUGAAAGACUUGUUAUUGUUUCUUUAUUUCAUCCCAUUUGGGGAUGCCAAAUGGCACAGGUAAAAAUGACGUGAGGCAUUAGCGCCAAAUAGGUGGAAGCCACAUCAGCUCAGUAGAUGAAUGAUACUUGAAUAUUGUGUUUUUCAGGAUGUCUUAUAGCCAUACUAACCAGUGAUCCCUCCACGCUGACCGGUGUUUGAUGGCGGCUUCUUAACUUAUUCGGUCAACGGUGCUUCUGUCAAUUCCAAAUCUGAUGCCGUUUGAAUGUUUUUGAUCAGGAUAAAGGUUCUUCAGUGUGCUUUCAGCCCUGUUUGGCCUCAGGGCGGACCCUUGGGGCCCAACACCACUCUGUUAUCAGGUUUAAUGUGUGUCAAUGACAUGCACUGUAUAGACCAGGUUUGAUACUGUACACGUAACAAUGCGCGGCCUCGGUUCAGUUCACCACCGGCUUCUGUCACUUCAGAGUAUGUUUUCUCUAGUUGGAAAUGACUUUGUGUAUUUAAGUAUUUGUCAUUAAUAACAAACUGUUCAAACUCAAAUGUAGCCAUAUUAAACAGCAUUCAGGUUUUGAGGAGACUCGGAGCUGGAAGGUGUAACCGAACCGUGAGCCGCGCCGUCGUAGCAAAUCAGCCAAAGUCGGGGCAGGAAACCCUCUGCAUAACAUUUGAUUCUUUAAUGCCAGAAAAAGGAGUGACAGUGUCCUGAUAUAUUAUUAUUUAAAGGUUCUAGUUGGAGGAAUACUGUGAUAUUUAGUUUCCUUUGCUCGCAGAGCAGCCGUUUUUUAAGUGCAAAUUUAAGAAAAAACUUUUAGUUUUUUACUAUUAAACGACUAUUAAUCCAGAAAUUGUUUAAAUGUCUGUGAUUAAUUAGUCGGUGGCUCUAUUUGGUGAAGACUCUCUGUGAAAUAGUGGCUCAACAUUUUAAAGGAUUGAAGCUGUUGAGCUUGAAUAUACUGUAAUUCAGUAACGGGUUGAUGACGCGUUGCGUCACGAGAUCUUAACGCCUAUAAUUACGAAAAAUGUAAAUUUCAAAAUAAGAUUUGAACAUGUUGCAUGAAUGAGGGCCGCUGACCAACAUUCCCCUGUUUUGUUUUGUUUUUUAAAGAUGGACGGCAUUCACUGGCACCAUUUUGUGCCCAAUUUAACAGUCAUUUUUGAUUAUAUGGACACAAAAUAGCCGACGAAGAAAGCCGCGACACCAAGUAAUAUCUUUUUUAAAAAGGUAAAAAUAAAUGCGGAGGUGUUUGUUUGAACUUUGGGGUUAAAGUUUGAAAUAUCAAUAAUGGGGUUGAAUGUUGAACUGAAUGGCAUUUUGCUCUAAAUAUCAAUUAUUGCCAAUGUUCUCCAUUAAUGUGCUGUUUGUCAUGAAAUGUGCAAAUGUGAAAACAUUUGCUCGUUUGUGUAAACUGUCUUAAAAAUGCAUCCUGUUUUUUAUUAAUGUUGAUAGAGUUCUUCCUCGUUCAGACGGAGUGUACUUGAACAGACCCUGGUUGGUAGGAAUAAUGAGAGGAGAGGUGUUGUUGGUGUUUUUAACCGUAAAAAAACCUGUUCUGCCUUGAAAUGCAUUCUGUUCAGGACUUUGUGUUCCUUGUUUGAUUCUGUCGCUGUCUGGUUUAAACCUCAUCUGCUUCUAACGCGAAGGGAAGCUUCAGCUCCUUGGUUUUUUCUUCCAAAUGUCUCAAAUUUUUAUAUUCUUGUCAAGAUUCACAGUCUCAAAGAUCCCUUUUGAAGUAACGAUGUUUCAACCAGACAGCAGAGAUGAUUUAUGUUGUUAACAUGAUAAACCUACCUCCACCUGGCUGCAGUCUGGCCUGUAAUGUUGAUGUUUUUUUUUGUUUAAAUAUUGUACCGAUUUUUUUUAAAAGUGUAAAUAUUUUUGUUAUUGUAUCAUAAAUUAUUUUUGUCUUUUUUUUUUUUUUUUUUUUUCAUUUUGAAUUUGAGGAUUGAAAAGAAUUGUUAUUCUUAACUAAGCAGCACUUUUUUUUUAAUAUUGCCGUAAUUAAAGAAUGAAUGAGA